AGAGUCCAGACUCCCUCUUUCCCCCACUAUUCUCUCUCUCUCACUCGCGUAGCAACAAGACAAACUUGCCUUUCGAAUUCUCCAUCAGAUCUCUUUCACCUCACGGUGGGCUAUCAGAAGCUCCACCACUGGUACUGUACUUUAAAACGGCGUCGUAUUGAAGCAGGUGAUCUCUGUGUUGUGUUGUUCAGGACAAAGCAAAGGGGCUAGAUGAGGUGUCGGAAGCACCACCGGGCGGACCUGAGCAGCACCAUCGGCGUCUGCGCCUCUUGUCUCCGGGAGCGUCUCCUCGCACUCAUCGAAGCACAAGAGAAGGCACAUCUAGCGCGCGUUUCCUCACGGUCCUCCGACGAUCACCCUCGAAAAUCCGACCCUAACCCUCCUCCGCUCGUCUUUCCUCGUUCUGUCUCGCCGUACGUCUCUCGGCGGAAAUCGGACUAUGCCAGCUGGCAGAGCUGUGACAGACACAACAGUCUCUUCUAUAGCACGCCUCAGCUUGGCCCUACCUUCGGUACUGGCAAUUCUGAGGCCAAUUCAGGAUUCCCUGGCAGAACAAGCUCGUCUUUCAAGAAGAAGACUGGGAGAUUCUGGAUUUUCUCAAGUCUAUUUGGAUCCAGAUCCGAUAAAUUCGAGGCGAAUCCGAGGAUUUCUUCUCAGGAAUCAUGCGAACCAUCGUCAUCGUCGUCUCCCUCAUGGUUCUCGAUGAUCUUUCCCACUCGCCGGAAGAAAAUGGAUAGGAUGAACCCUCUGGAAAGUUCGACCGCCCCAGGGAGGAGGCGGUAUCGGCAAGCAGAUCGGGGAAUGUCGCCGGUGACAAACGAAAGUUGUGUCGUCGAUUGCGAUCGAUGCGACCGAUCUCCUUCAGCCGGUGGCUACUCAGCGGAAACGUCCCCACGGUGGCGGAAAACGCCAUCGACGGCACCGUGUGGGACCCGUCGUUCCCGCCACGUAAGGAACGUAUCAGGCAUGGCUUUUUGCUUAAGUCCGUUGGUGAGGGCGAGCCCCAACCCUCACUGGAACCCGAAGGGAUUGCCUCCAGAGGUGGUUUCGGCGGGGGAAAUGAGAGGCACGACGGCGGCGAAGCCUCACCUGUCCACUGCGUCGUCGUUUUGUGCAAACCGCUCAAGGAAGCUUGCUGACUUUGGGAGAGCCAACCACAUCCGUUGAUCUGGAUGAGUAUUGACCUUGGACGGUGAUAUUUCCCAUGUGUUGUCUCUUCC